GUUUCACCAGUGGACCUACUUUUCUUGUGGCAAAUCAGAAAGCUGAAGAACUAAAAAGUGUCUCAGCGUACAGCAACAAAAAAACAGUACUAAGUCUAAAGACUAUUUUUUACUAAAAACUGCUUAAUUAUGGUUAUAUGUACGUACUUUUUAAACAAUAACUGCCGUUUUGGGUCGAGGUGCAAUAACGAACACAUCGAUAUAUGUGCUCUAGUAAAGAACGAAGUCGAUGUAACCCUAAAGGGCAACCAAUGGCCACUGUCUUGUUUCGGGCCGUUCAAAGACCGCUGUUCGAUCCCGAACUUCGUUGAAGAUCGAAGCUUUGAGGAGAUUCGAUUGAUGUACCUUGAAGCGAAAAUGCAAAACAAUCUUCCCGCCCACGAGAUGCAACUUGGACAAAUGAUAAACGAUGCAAAAGGAAAGCUCCAGUGGCUCGCCACCAUGAAUCGAGACAUUCUUUCUACUUUGGUCGAGCUGUACAACCAACAGGAGCCUAGCACGAAACCAGCCGGUGCCUCAGCCAAUCCGUUCGUUUCCAUUGGUUCGUUCGGAGCUAAUGCUACGGCAACAUCCAGCAUAUUCGGUGGUUCUGCUGGCGGCAGUUCCUUCGGUAGCGGGUUCGGUGGAUCGCCUACUGUUGCCACCGCGAGUACCGGUAAUAUUUUUGGCGCACCUAUUAGUGGCCAAGCAGUGCCAUCAACUGGAAAUAUUUUUGGUGUCACUUCCACGGCGCCAAAAUCGAACAUAUUUGGCGCAGCAGCUCAACCCCAACAGUCACAGAUCGGUAGUGGAGGAAACAUUUUCGGAAUGCCACAACCAUCGCAACAUUCCAGCAACGGCGUUUUCGGUGGGCCGGCCGUGGGCAGUGGUCUCGGAAUGUUUGGAGGCGUGCAGCAACCAGCGCAAAUCGCUUCCUCCAUCUUUGGCUCGGUGCCUCCGCCGAAUGCAGCGGCAAACGGAGGAAACAUUUUCGGCCACUCUUCCGCACAGGUAGCUCCCGCCUUUGGACAACAGCCCAGCAACGCUUUUGGAAUUGGCACUGGUGGCAACCUUUUCAGCAGCAAUUCGAGCUCGGCCGGUUUUGGAAGCUUAUCGAAACCCCAACAGACUGGAAGCGUAUUUAACUCCGUGUCCUUUGGAGCACCCACUGCGACCUCGCCUUUUGUUCAACCUCAGAGCCAAUCAAUGGCCGGUGCACCAACUGUUUCAUCUCAGAAUUUAUUUCUUCCGGCGCCUACCGCAGCAUCAACGACGUUCAAUUCAUCGAUUGGGUCCAAUGCCUUUGGAUCACCGAUCCCAGUGCAACCGGCCGCCUUAGCACCACAAUCGGCUACCAUUUACAGUAAAAUGGAAGAUAUUCCAGCAGAAAUUGUAACUGCCUUUAAUGCGGAUCAGUUUCAAUUGGGCCGAAUUCCGUCCGUUCCACCACCCAAAGAACUGUGUCAUUAA